UCUUAGCUAAACGUGAUGUUGUGUGUUUUCUCAUUUCAGGCUGAAUGGAUGGCUCCAGAAGUGCUUAGAAACGAACCAGCGGAUGAAAAGUGUGAUGUGUAUAGCUAUGGAGUUAUUCUGUGGGAACUCUUCACGUUACAGCAACCAUGGGGGAAAAUGAACCCAAUGCAAGUUGUUGGUGCAGUAGGGUUUCAACAUCGAAGACUUGAAAUCCCAGAGUAUGUGGAUCCUGGAAUUGCAGAGAUCAUCAGGAAAUGUUGGCAGACGGAUCCAAGGUUAAGACCAAGUUUUGUAGAGAUCAUGGCUUCUCUAAAGCAGCUACAGAAACCUAUAAUGGGUCCGAACAACCAGAGAGCAGGAGUUCCCAGUUCUUCUUCACUGACCACUGAUGAGCAGGAACAAUAACAACAAUGGAUGAUGAUGGUGGGAUCAAUUCUUUACAUAUUGUGUUCUGUGAUGUGCUUGCUGUUCAUGUGUGUGUAUUCACCAUGUUUUUGUUUACAAAUUGUAAAAAAAAAAAAUGAAUGACAAGAAAAAAAAAAAGGAAAAAAAAAGGAGGAAAAAGAAAUUAUUUUGUCAAUGAUAAAAAAAAAUCAUUGAGAAUUGAACUUUCACUUCUCUUAUAUACGAAAUUCAAAGUACAGUAUUAACUGUUACUA